AUGGCGAUGGUGUGGUUUGCUCCUGUGUGGCUCACUGACUGGGUGUAUUGGAGCACGGGAUAUGGAAAGCUUUUAGCAGCAGCUGAAAAGGAGGGGAUCGAUGGUGCUUCUGUUGUCGACGUUAACGCGACGCCGAUCGUUGUCCCCGUGAAUUUAACUCAUCUCCCCGAAAUCUCGGAACGGUGCAACCUUUCAAGCCAUGAAACUGGCAACGACACUCAAAUCAAAGGUCAGCUGGCGUCGCGCUCACCCGACGAGGAGUUGCUGGUCGAAUCCCGGCUGGCGUGCGGCGACGCAGUGGCAGCGGAAGUUGCGGAGGCGAUAUUAAAGGAUGAGGUGGUUCGCAGGCUCGACCAGUUGGGAGACGUGAGCGACUCGACGCAUCACUUGCAGCGCACGUUUCUCAGCGACGCGUCGAUGCGCGCCGCGGCGCUUGUCAGCGAUUGGAUGGAGGAGGCCGGCUUGUACACGUGGAUGGACGCGGUUGGCAACGUGCACGGCCGCGUCGACGGACCGCAUCCCGACGCGCCCGUGCUGCUGCUCGGCUCGCACCUGGACACGGUUGUUGACGCGGGUCGGUUCGACGGCGCGUUGGGCGUGGUAACGGCCAUUGCUGCGGUCAAGCUGUUCCUCACAGCGUGCGGGGCGGCGGCGCUGCCUCGCCCCGUGGAGAUCAUCGCGUUCAGCGACGAGGAGGGCAUGCGAUUUCAGUCAACGUUCCUGGGGAGCAGGGCAAUCGCAGGGACGCUCUCGCCUGAUAUGCUGCAGAUGAAGGACAACCAUGGUGUGACUAUACAAGAAGCCAUCGCGUCACUUCCAGCAGCAGCAUCGCCAGCACCAGCAGCAACAGCAGCAGCAGCAGCUGGAAAAUCAAGAGGCCUCAUUAGCGCAGCAGACGGGCCAGCAGACGGGUCAGCAGACGUGCACACAGCUCGAUACCUCCCUGAGAACGUAUGGGGCUACGUGGAAGCUCACUUAGAACAGGGCCCAGUCUUGGAAUCCCUCGGGCAGCCGCUGGGGGUGGUUCUGGGGAUAGCUGGGCAGACGCGAGCAGAGGUGACUAUAGAGGGCGAGCAGGGGCACGCGGGGACGGUGCCUAUGCGGCUUCGGAGGGACGCUGUGGCUGGCGCUGCUGCUGCUGUUGUAGCUGUGGAGUCGGUUUGCGAGGGUAUGCUGAGAGAGGAGGAGGAAGAAAGGGAGGAAGAGGAGGAGGAGGGGUUUGGAGGGAUAGGCCGGAUUGGUAGCAGCAGCAGCAGCAGCAGCAGCAGCAGCAGUGGGAACGGUGCAGGCAGUGGGGCAGGCAGAGGGGCAGGCAGGGACACAGGAAGUGGGUUGGUGUGCACGGUGGGGAAGGUGGCAGCAUGGCCGGGGGAGAGCAACGUGAUAGCAGGCAGCGUGGCGUUCACUCUGGACGUGCGGGCGCGGAGCAACGGUGUGAGGCACGCUGCUGUGGCUGGCAUCGAGAGGGAGAUUGGGCGGAUUUGCAGCGAGCGACGGCUGGCGUGCCAGUUCUCAGUGAAGCAUCAAGCUGACACGGUUGACUGCUCGCCUGCCCUCGUCUCCAUGCUACACCAGGCAGCGGCUAGCGCCGUCACUGCUUCACACCACACCACUCUCAGGAGCGACUUCACUGCCUCACACCACACCCGAACAGCCGCUGCUGCUGUUGGUACUGUUAGUGCUCGUGCACAUCAUGCUGCUGCUGCUGCCUCACCUGACGCUGCUGGUGGGCUCCUAUCCCAAUGUACGGCAGCUACAAGCAGCAGUGGCAGCAAGAACACUUGUGAAGCGGCGGAUGGGUGUAGGAAGCACGAGGGCCAUGAUGCCAUGGCGAUGGCAGACCUCACCCAGGUGGGAAUGCUGUUUGUGAGAUGCCGAGGGGGUGUGAGUCAUCGGCCGGACGAGUUUGUGAGCCCACAUGAUCUGCACAUGGCGUCUGCUGCUAUAUUUCGACUGCUUUUAUUAACUCCUCCAAUCCAGCCGUUGUGA